AUGGCGGGAGGGAUGGACGAGAGGGAUGAGCGCGUGGCGGCGUUGGAGGCGAAGCUGAGGGAUCAGGGCGACGCCAUGGCCGCCUUGAAGCGAGAGAUGGACGACAUGCGCCGCGCCAUGGCGGCGGAGGUGGCGUACGUGAAGGCGACAGCGGCGCACUCGGAGGCGCGCAUCAACGACGUCGAGCUGGCGCUCGCCACAAUCAAGGACGGCCGCGCGGAGAAGAUGCGCGAGGAGCGCAACGAGGGCAGCGGCGGGAAGAGGCGGAAGAGGGACGAGUCGCCGGGGAAGGAGGGGCGCAUGGCCGCUCCUGCUGCGGGCACUGAGCCUAAGCUAACUGUCGGAGGUAGUGCGGCCGAAGGAAAGGGGGAUAAGGUGGAAAGCGAGAAGGCCACGGAAAGCGAGAAUGCAGCAGAAAGCGAGAGCGAGGAGGAGUGGGGGGCGAAUGGAGAGGAGGACUUCGACGUGGAGGCUGAGCUGCAGGAGUUGUGCUACCGCGUGGUGGCGCUGGAGGAGCGAACGGCGGUGGAGGAACUGAGGAAAGACGUUGGAGGCAAGACGUGGGAGGCUGCUCCCUUUGCUGGUUGUGGGUGCAAGCACUGCUGA